GGACCUCCUUGGCGCGCACCUCUACUCGCUGUCCUGCGCAUUACGAAGGCCAUGCUUGCUCAGAGGCCACGACGGGCCGCUGACCAAAGAGCGACACGCACCAAGAAGGGUAGAUUUCAAACCUCGCUCAGCUGCGUGACAUCUUAGGUAAACUGGCAUCGCGGAGCGUGCAUAAAAGCACACUCAAACCGAACACCGUGUGACACGAACACGAAGCCCUCCAAUUUCUGAAGCUCUACCGCGUUGCUUUCUUCAACGAUGCCAUCAUCGACACAAGUUCUCAUCGCCGGUGCCGGGCCAGUAGGUCUCGUUGCUGCCCUCACCCUUGUGCAAAGUGGCGUAUCCGUCCGUAUCAUCGAGAAAGAGCAUGGCCCUCGCCCAGGCGAGCGAGGCGCCGGUACUUAUCCGCGCACACUCGAGGUGUACCAUUUCCUUGGGGUCAACGAGAUCAGGGAAAGGGGCGAGGCGGUGUCCCAUAUCCAGUCCCACAUCUUCGGGAGCAUCGAUGUCGUGAAGGAGUUUCCUUUCCUAGUGGGUGAAGCUGAUCCGACGCCGGCUAUUCCAAUCAACCGUAGUGUCGCGCUCGGGCAGACAUAUGUUGAGCAAAUCCUGGCCUCGCACCUUGAGAAACUAGGGUGUGCCGUCGAAUACGGGAAGGAGCUGCUGACCUUUGAGCAAAACGAGGAAGGCGUUGUCGUCCAUAUUUCAUCCCAGAACGGCUCUAUCGAAGCCGAUGAAACCGUUGAAGCUCAGCUCAUGAUUGGGGCCGAUGGUGCUCGGGGUGUUGUGCGGAAGCAACUUGGUCUCACUUUUCUUGGAGAGACCCGCGAGGAUACUCGCAUCAUUACCGCAGACAUUCGUAUCAAAUGUGCUGGGUUAUCCCGAGACCACUGGCAUCACUUUGGUGACGCUGACGGUGCAUCGUUAUUCUUCCGACCCAGUAACCAGUUCGGAGAUAACGACGGCUGGCAACUUAUCCUCUCAGGUGACAGGUUUGACAUUGAACGACUCGCCGCCGAUAAGGAAGCUGUGUACUCGUGUGUCAAAGAGGCGGUGGGAGCACCAAUCCAGUUUAUGGAGCUUAUAUGGAUUUCUCAAUUCCGACCCAACAUUCGGAUGGUGGACACGUUUGGGAAGCGGAGAGUCCUCGUUGCCGGAGAUGCUGCGCAGUUGGGCGGACAGGGAAUGAACUCCGGUGUUCAGGAUGCUUUUAAUCUUGCGUGGAAAGUUGCCCUUGUGGCGAAAGGCAUGGCCCCGCUGUCCCUGCUCGAGUCGUACACUGCGGAGCGUCUUCCUGUCAUUGCUCAGAUGCUCAAUCUUACCACUACACUCCUCGACAAGACAUUCGGCGCUAGGCGUGAAAAAGUCGACCAGGCCUACCGGCGGGACAGAAUCUUGUUCAUGCUUGGCGUCAACUACCGUACGAGCCCGAUCGUACUCGACGAGUUCUCCGCCGACAUUCCUGCUGUCCCUGCGUACAACACCGAGCGCACCGACGAGCUUGUCGCCGGCGAUAGGGCGCCGGACGCACCUGCGUUAGUCGAAGGAGACAACACGGUCAGCCUGUUCAACGACGUCUUCAAGCCGACGCACCACACGGCGUUGGUCUUUGCUGCCGACAUUCAGGCAGCAAAUCCGGUUCUGAAAUCGCUGGCGCAGUACUCCGGCAUUUCUAGUGCCGUUAUCAUUAUUCCUGCGACAGCGAAGCCAGUCGGUAAUAUCGGCUCGGCCAGAAUUGUUAUCGACAAGGAAGGACACGCGCAUACGAAUUAUCUUGUCAAGGGCGGAUCGCGUGUCGUCAUCGUGAGGCCCGACGGAGUAGUCGGUGCCAUCGUUGCAGGCCAGUCGGGUGUCGAGAAGUACUUCGGGUUGAUCCAAGGUCGAAAGUAAACACAAUAUUCGCGCG